AGAGAGAGAGAGAGAGAGAGAGAGAGGGAGGGAGGGAUGGGAGGAGGUGGAGAGAUGAUGGAGAGAGGGAGCGCAACAGUUGAAGAGAUGGAAUCAUACAAAAAUUUGGACGAGGUUGAUGAUGAUGGCAAGGCAAGAAGAACCGGAACGGUGUGGACAGCAAGUGCACAUAUAAUAACAGCCGUUAUAGGCUCCGGCGUUCUUUCAUUGGGCUGGGCAAUGGCCCAACUCGGAUGGAUUGCUGGCCCGCUAGUUCUCUUCCUCUUCUCAAUCGUCACGUACUACACCUCCAUCCUCUUAACGGACUGUUAUCGAACCUCUGAUCCUGUCAACGGAAAAAGAAACUACACUUACAUGGACGCUGUUAAAUCCAAUCUUGAUGCAACUAAGUAUUGGCUUUGCGGUAUCUGUCAGUAUGUCAAUCUCUUUGGAACAGCUGUUGGCUAUACUAUCACUGCGUCGAUCAGUGCUCAGGCUAUAAGCAAGGCAAAUUGUUUCCACUACGAGGGUCACGAUGCAAAUUGCAAAGUUUCGGAGAGUAUGUAUAUGAUCGGUUUCGGUAUCGCUCAGGUUUUUCUGUCGCAAUUGCCAAAUUUUCAUGACUUAUGGUGGCUCUCCAUCGUCGCUGCCAUUAUGUCUUUUGUUUACUCAUUUAUCGCCAUUGGACUCUCGAUUGCCAAAAUAAUCUCAGGAAAUAUAGAAAGUGCCACUUCAAUUACAGGAUUGGAAGUUGGAGUUGAUAUUAGUGCAGCUGGUAAAGUGUGGACAACAUUCCAAGCGCUUGGAGAUAUAGCCUUUGCUUACUCGUACUCCAUGAUUCUGAUCGAAAUCCAGGAUACAGUGAGAUCGCCUCCAGCAGAAAACAAGGUAAUGAAGAAGGCAACCCUAAUUGGGGUAUCGACAACCACCACAUUCUAUUUCCUCUGUGGUUGUCUGGGAUAUAUCGCCUUUGGAAAUAAAGCACCAGGAAACAUAUUGACAGAUUUUGGGUUUUAUGAACCCUACUGGUUGGUCGAUUUCGCUAAUCUUUGCGUCGUUGUUCAUUUGGUCGGUGCUUUCCAGGUAUACAGUCAACCAUUAUUCGCUGCAUUCGAGACAUGGACUGCCAGAAAGUACCCGGAUGUAAAAUUUUUGACACAUGAAAUACCCUUGAUCACGAGCAAACGCCUCAAAUUCAAACUCAAUAUGUUUCGAUUAGUUUGGAGAACAAUUUUCGUUGUCCUUUGCACUGUUCUAGCCAUCGUGUUUCCUUUCUUCAAUGAUGUUGUAGGAUUCAUUGGAGCAGUAGGUUUCUGGCCACUUACGGUGUACUUCCCUAUCGAAAUGUACAUUCAACAGAAGAAGAUCAGGAAAUACAGUGGAAAGUGGAUUUCAAUGCAAUUAUUGAGCAUUGUGUGUUUGUUGGUGACAUUGGCUGCAACAAUUGGAUCUGUGGAAGGAGUUUGGGAUUCUCUUAGAAGUUAUAAGCCCUUUUCAGAAUAAAUUGUUGAAGAUCUAGUUUGCUGAUCCUGAUUGAUGUAAGCAGGGGGGUUCAUUUUGUUUGAAGAAAGCUGAAAGAGCUAAAGCCCAAUUUUUCCUUGUUAUGUCCUUUGAAUGUGUUCAUAAAUUACUGUUAUAUUGGUUUUUUUUACAGCAAGUUGCUCA